AUGUCGCAACCGCCACCGGGACGUGGUCGCGCUAGACAGCCGGGCCCCCCGUCCCCUUUACACUACCGACCUCCUUCACCAUGGGCACCCAGCCCACCCCCUCUUAUAUCUGGGCCGAGGCAUUCGACUGCUCUCGUUUCACCGCCUCCGGUCCAGCCAUCUCCGAAGCCUUUCCGUCCUCUCCACUCACCACAUUUACGCCAACAUUCGCCCUCACCAAGUUCCCACUUUUCGAUAUCUCCAUAUGCAAUGUCUCCUACUCUAGGUCAAAGUCCUGAAUACUAUUACUCUUCGCCAUACGAAACUGUCCGCGAGUACGAUUACGCAGGAGUGCCGUUAGAACCUCCUCCACCCCCGCGACCAAUGAUUUACGAAGAAGAGGAGGAAAGAGGACCAUCGACCGCUGAAAUUAUAGCUAACCAGUCACAAGAAGGCUAUGUUGAUGAGAAACUUGCAGAGUACCAAGCAACGAUUCAACUACUACAAGGUAGGUUUUUGGCAUUUUUA